ACCACCACGUCCCGUCCUCGGUCCUCCCCUUUCAUCAACUCAGUCGGCCUCAGUGAGCUAAGGCGUUUGUAUUGAAGCAAGGCGCCGUCAAAAAAGGUUGUUACAGUUGCUGCUGCUGUGCCUUUGACCACUAUGACAGCUCAAGGACCAGGUUAUGCAAGCCCUCUCAUAGCCAUGAAGGAGGGUCCAAGGGAGAAGAUUGUAUGGCUGCCGUGUAUAAGAACAGGCUCUGGAAAGCCUGAUUAUCUGGCAACAGUUGAUGUUGAUCCACAAUCACAAACCUACUGCAAGGUGGUUCACCGGUUGUAUCUUCCUUAUUUGGAUGAUGAGAUUCAUCACACUGGCUGGAAUACCUGUUCAUCGUGUUAUGAUGAUCCCACUAAGGUCCGCAAUAGACUUGUCAUGCCUGCACUGGGCUCCUCAAGGGUAUACAUCAUUGACAUCUCUUCUGAACGGAAUCCCAAACUCUUCAAGAUAAUAGAACCUGAGAUUUUAACAUCUAAUGGAGUUAGCCAUCCCCAUACCACCCACUGCCUUCCUAAUGGUCAAGUAAUGUUAUCUACACUGGGAGAUGCACAAGGCAAAGCCAAAGGGUCCUUCAUCACCUUUGACUCAUAUACCUUUGAGCACACAGGUCCCUGGACUAGUAUGGACUCAGAGUUUGGGUAUGAUUAUUGGUACCAGCCAACACAUGAUGUCCUAAUAUCCAGUGAAUGGGGCUGCCCUACUGCUUUUGGUAAAGGCUUUGACCCUAAAGACAUCACAGCUAGAAAGUAUGGCACUCAUAUCAAUGUAUACUCUUGGUCUGAGCGGCGGCUGCUCCAGCGCAUUGACCUUGGUUUGGAGGGUGUUAUGCCACUGGAAAUCCGUUUUUUGCACAAUCCUCUUGCCACAGAGGGUUUUGUUGGCUGUGCUUUGUAUGCCAAUAUUUUCAGAUUUUUCAGAAAGCCUGAUGGGACUUAUGAAGCACAUAAGGUUAUCAGUGUACCUCCUAAGAAGGUAGAGGGGUGGGCCCUGCCAGAGAUGCCUGGUAUUAUUACAGACAUUAUCAUAUCACUGGAUGACCGGUUUUUGUACUUCAGCAACUGGGCUCAUGGAGAUAUUCGCCAGUAUGAUAUUACUGACCCAGAACACCCAAAGUUAACAGGACAAAUUUUCCUUGGAGGAUCUAUUGUAAAAGGUGGUCGGGUAAAAGUAAUUCAUGAUGUUGAAUUAAAAGAGCAGCCUGAUCCUGUGUACAUCAAGGGAAAACGUAUUGAGGGAAGUCCUCAGAUGUUGCAGCUCUCACUUGAUGGGAAACGUCUGUAUGUCACAGACUCGCUGUUCUCUCCAUGGGACAAGCAGUUUUAUCCAGAAAUUGUUCAAAAGGGAUCAGUAAUGCUGCAGAUUGAUGUUGACACUGUCAGUGGUGGUCUUGCUCUGAAUCCCAACUUCUUGGUAGACUUUGGAAAGGAACCAGAAGGUCCUGCCCUAGCUCAUGAAAUCAGAAAAAUUAAUUGCCUGCAGAUACCCAGGUGGUGAUUGCACAUCAGACAUCUGGCUACCUCCAGGAUCCAAAGAAUGUGCUCACAAGAAAGGUACAAGAUCCAAAUCAUCUUUGUAAGUAGGAAAAUUUGAAAAUUCUUAUCUGUUUUUUAGUAAAUAGAUUUAUUUCACCAUUUAUUUUGCAUGCCUUUUAAAGAAUCUUGUGUUAGUUGAAUAUACCCAUUACUUGCUACGUCUUGGCCUGUGAAGUAAGUCAUAGCAGGUGACAUUAGUUUUAAGUCAGUUGCAGUAUAUCAAGUAUGACUGCUGUUAACAUACAGCUUGCAAAAAAAAAAAAAAAAAAAGAGAGAGAGAGAGAGAGAGAGAGAGAGAGAGAGAGAGAGAGAGAGAGAGAGAGAGAGAGAGAGAGAGAGAGAGAGAGAGAAAAGAAA